UAGAGAAAGAGAGUUUGGAUAUUCCAUUCCGCCGUGGCUGAGAAUAUUGUCCGGGAUGUUCGGAAUCUGAUUGAACUCGCCGCCGGUGUUUUUUGUUUUCCGAUCUGGUUUGUUUGGUUUGGUUUGGUUUUGUUUUGUUUUUGUCUGGUUUCGCAAAGUGUUCAUCGUCCGUCCUAAAUAGAGAUUAGAGCGAAAACAAAUAAAAAGUAGUUUAAAAAUGUGGUACCCUUCGGCUUCUUUCAUUCUCGACAAACAGCAAAACCACUUGCUGUCUCAUCACCACGACGACGACGACGAAGACGGCGACGACACGCCGCUACCUCCGUCGUCUACCAUGAUGCCAAUCGAAACCAUUCAAAACCCUAAUCCUAAAAUAUCCGCUUACUAUCAAACCAGGGCGGCGCAUCAUGGCGUUGUAACCAGUGAUUGGUUAGCUCAGUCUCAGGCCGCAGUUGGUCGAGAUCUGGAUAUCCUCCCACCGGUCGGAGAUUCGGGUAAGAAGUCCAGCGUGAUUGAUGAGUUUAAUUAUUGGCGGAAACAGCCCGAUCUGGCUGAAGCCGUUGCUGCCAUUAGGGCUUUGGCUUCCGUUAUGCGAUCGAGUCAGGCAACCACGAUGAUGGAAUUCGAGAUUGAGCUUAAAAAAGCAUCCGACUCUCUCAAGUCAUGGGAUACAACUUCAAUAUCAUUGACUGCUGGAUGUGAUCUAUUCAUGCGGUAUGUUACAAGAACAUCAGCUUUGGAAUAUGAAGAAUUCAGUUCAGCCAAAUCCCGACUCAUUGAACGUGCAGACAAGUUCGGAGAAAUCUCUCUCAAGGCACGAAAGAUCAUAGCAAUGCUUAGUCAAGAUUUCAUCUUUGAUGGAUGUACCAUCAUGGUUCAUGGCUUCUCCAGAGUUGUUCUAGAAGUCCUCAAGUUAGCAGCACAGAGCAUGAAGCAAUUUCGAGUUCUCUGUACAGAGGGAAGACCAGACAGGACAGGAGUACUAUUAGCAAAUGAGCUAGCAAAAGUGGAUGUUCCUGUAAAACUGUUGAUAGAUUCGGCGGCUGCUUACAGUAUGGAUGAAGUGGAUAUGGUGUUGGUCGGAGCUGAUGGGGUGGUGGAGAGCGGCGGUAUUAUUAAUAUGAUGGGAACUUAUCAAAUUGCUUUGAUUGCUAAUAGCAUGAAUAAACCUGUAUAUGUUGCUGCUGAGAGUUAUAAGUUUGCUCGGUUGUACCCAUUGGAUCAGAAAGACAUGGCGCCUGCCUUACGCCCGAUAGACUUUGGGGUGCCUAUUCCUUCGAAAGUGGAGGUUGAAACCUCUGCCCGGGAUUAUACUCCUCCCCAAUAUCUUACCCUUCUCUUCACUGAUUUGGGUGUUCUAACACCGUCUGUGGUAAGUGAUGAACUUAUUCAGUUGUACUUGUAGUUUGAUCGUUAGAGGGUCCAAAUUUUGUCGUUGUAUUUGUCAGUACUGAAUUAUUUUCGUGACGAAUGAGUGUUUUGAGUUGGUAAUAAUACAACAAAAGAAAAAGAAAGUCGAUUUGAUUUGAUAGAUGUUUAGUCUUUUAUA